AUGCCUCCAUUUCCUGCGGGACCUCUCCCAAAACCUGCCCGUGAUUCUCGAGUUCACGGGCACAUCACGGGCGUACCAAUUGGCUCGAUAUUCCCCGGUAGACUACAAGUUCGUGCAGCGGGAUUACACAACCCUCCUCGCUCUGGCAUCUUUGGCACUUCGAAGGAAGGCGGGGCGUACUCUAUCGUUGUGUCGGGUGGCUACGAGGACGAUGAAGACCAUGGAACAUAUUUCACGUAUACUGGUUCAGGUGGAAGAACCCAGGGAUACAAUACAGUACAAGUCGCAGACCAAGAGUGGAACCUGGGAAACAAAACUCUAAAGGCGUCUCUGACAACGGGAAACCCCGUUAGGGUUAUCCGAGGACAAAACAACUCUCGUUACGCACCAAGUGAAGGGUACCACCUCCGUUCUGAUCCCACUUUUCGUGUCUUAUUAUUAUAUAGGUACCGUUAUGAUGGCCUGUACAAAGUCAUCAAGGCUUGGAGGCAACGCGGUCGAACGGGUUUCAAAACAUGUCGAUUUCUAUUCGUCUUACUUGAAGAGAAUCCCCAUCUCGGCAAACCGCCCGGCCCAGAUGAACUCGGUCUGCUCCGCUUUGAUGAUGACACUGCCUCAGACUCUGGAAGCGAGAAAUCUUCGAUGCGUCGAAGCUCAUCUGCUGUGACCACAGGCUCUUCGAAAGGCCGUCCCUGUGCCAAGCGUCGCCGAUCAUCUAGUACUCAGAAGCCUGUAGCCUCAUCAAGCCAUAUCGCCCCUGCUCGCUCUGUCAAUCCCCCAAUCCAUGCCAGAUAUGAAGGAACACUUCGUGGUCCUAUCAUGGUCAACCCCAAACCCACAAAAUGUCUCAAAGUGGAACAACCCGACAAACAUGUUCCGGCCAAUUGUUCUCCUCAGAUCAAUGUCAACGUACCAGCCACCCCUGUAGAGGAGAGGAUACAUACAGAAAGAGAGCUAUAUGACAGGAUCAAAGGCAAGCAGAGUUUUUUUGGAAGAUACUGCAUGGCAGAUCUAUCAUCUUAA